GUCAUCCCAGCGCGACGGCUUCAAAACGGGCGCAGUCUAAACAACAGCUAGCAGUUUCUGCAGUUAUCAUAUCCGUUUAGCGGAUUAAAAAAAAAACGAUUUACACAUUUUUUACAUUCAAAUCACACACAGUGGAGGUUUUGUAGCUUCAGUCUCAAUGCGUAGCUGUUAUCUUACCCGCUUCCCGCUCUCCUGAAGUGGCUCAAGCUUUAGCUGUUAGCUGUUAGCUGUGAACGGGUUGUCACUGAUGGAGGAGCUGCCGCAUCUUCCACCUGAAGUUUGGGUCUACGUGUUCAGCUACCUGAGCACGGAUGAGAGGCACACGGUCCGCACCGUCUGCAGGCAACUCAAGAGGCUCGUCGACCACCCGUCCCUCUGGCGGGACUACACGGUGGUGCUGUCCGACCUCCGCCGCUACACCUACGGCUUCUGGGACACCCUGAACCACCGCAAGCUCACACGGGUAGCGGUGCGACACCUGCGGCGCAAAGAGUGGCGUCGGCUCGUCAAGUUCCUGCCGUCCCUCACGGCUAUCGUGUUCGUGGACGGAGGACGGAUCUACAAGGGCAAAUACCUGGACAACCUGGCCCGGUUCCCCGAGUUGAGGGAACUAGGAGUUCGGAACGCCAACUGGGAAGAGCCGGUGAUCGGGAGGAGUCUGAGCGGGCAGCUGCACGAGCGGCUGACUCACCUGAGCGCGUGUAACGUCCGGCUGCCCUGCACGGUGGAGUUCAUUAACGCCGUGUCACACCUGGUCAACCUGCGGUACCUGGUGUUCCACCAGCAAGGGGAGGGCUACGGGCUGGACACGGUGAGGCCAGUGCCCUGCGGCGUCUUCCACAACCUGCUGCUGAGCCUCAAGAAGCUGAAGCACCUUUCCUGGGGGAUGAGGGGGGAGCCGCCGGAGCCGCUGCCCGAUGACUACCUCAGCCCCACGGACCCGGAGAAUCCAGGAGCGCCGCGGUACGGCGGCCCAGCGCUGACCAGCCUGGAGCUGGUGGAUUACCCAGAAACCAUCCUGCCAGAGAACGCACUGAGGAGUCUGACCUCACUCCGGUCUCUGACUAUCCGCUACAGGUACAUCAGAGAGGGCAUCGAGUGCCGCCUCACCUCCUGGCUGAGUCCCCUCCAUCAGCUGGAGACCCUCACCAUCAUCGGAGGAAAUUCUCUGGCUGCCUAUACGACCACCAUCCCGUCCAGUGUGACCCGGCUGACGCUGCGAGUGGCCAUAACUCUGAAAGACAUGGACUCCAUCGCACCUAAAGUCCCGGGCCUGGAGCACCUGGACAUCGAGCAGAACCGCUCCAGUGGCAGCCUCUGCAGACGGAUCCCCAUGUUGUUUCCUCAGCUCAGGACACUCAGGAUACGGUUCUUCCGUCGGGAACCGGAGAAAGACCUGCUGAGCCUCAACCGGCUGCGCCACCUGGUGCAGCUGGAGCUGCUGGUGGAGCGCUCCUUCAUCCUGAGGGAUUACCUCAACGGCCACCCGUGGCCCAGCCCCAGCGUCCGGGCGCUCAUCAACCAGCUGCGAGAGCUGUCGGAGAACAGGAUCACCGUCAUCACAACCAUGCGCCAGAGAAACCCACUACGAGAGUGUGACUGUGUGUGGGAGGGCGACUGAAGACGGCCAAGGAAACAAAUCCGCAAAUCCGUUUUUUAUUCCUCCUGGAGAAGAAGAAGAAGACGACAGAGUCGGGAACAGAAGGUUGAAAUAAAAAUGUAUUAAGACAGACGUACACAUUUGUAGGGUUGGGCAUCGUUUUGAUAUUACAAUUCGGAUUGCAAUUCCCUUCGAUUACUAAGGUCUUCAGACUUUGAAAUCAUAAAGCUUAUAAAAGAGUGGAGACAUGACGGUGAUUGGAUGACGAAUCAAAGAUUAGAGCAACGGCUGCCGUCUGUUUUGGCUCGAGACCCCUUCAAAAGGAAGCACCGAAGCUCACUAGAGGGUGCAAAAACCCUCUCCGCUCAGACUGCAAACUCUCACCUCUCCUCAUUUAAAGCCACCAAGUUACAGUAGAGUUCAAAUAAAGGACGGCUGCUAAUAAAAUCCUUGUUAAAAACAUUGAGGGUGUUUGGUAUGACCUGUAAAACUCACACAGUAAAUUCAAAAGUCCUCUAUCCUCCCUCUGAUUUAUAGGCAUUCAAACAUAUAUGAAGUAACUUUGUCUAAAAACGAGCCCGACCCGACCCACGUUAUAUAUUUUGUAGUCUGGCUUACUGGACGUCCAGAGACGCGCCGGAUGUCAGACGUUUUCUUAACCUUCUGCUAUCUCUGCUAUCUAUUUUGUAAAGGUACUGUUGCUGCUUCCCAAGCUUAACACGGCCCAAGGUGAUUGUGAUUGGUUUAAGGAAAUACAAACAACCC